AUGGUCACCACCGUCGCGAUCGCCGGCAUCAGCAGCCGACUUGCCCUCUUCGUCACUCAGUCGUUGCUGAAACGACCCGAUGUCCAAAUUCGCGGCUCCUGUCGCGAUAUCAACAAGCUCCCCGACGAGCUCAAAUCCUCGCCCCGCAUUACCCUGAUCCAAAGCGGACCAUAUGACACGGAUAAUCUUCGUGCCUUGAUCCGCGGCAGCAAUGUAGUAAUUUGUGCCUACUUCGCAAACGACGAGACCAUGCUAAACGCGCAAAAACUUCUUAUCGACCUGUGUGGGGAGGAAGGUAUCACGCGAUACAUAGCCAGCGACUACACUGUCGAUUACCGGAAGCUUGAUUGGGGUGACUUGCCGAUCAAGGAGCCGAUGAAGCAUGUCCAAACAUACUUGGAAGGGAAGCCAGGUGUGAACGGCGUGCACAUUCUCGUUGGUCUCCUCAUGGAGACGUUCCUCGACUACUUCGGUAUUUGGGAUGCGGAUAAGAAGAAGAUGAGAUAUUGGGGCAGUGGAGAUGAGAAGUGGGAUCUUACAAGUUAUCAGACUGCUGCGGAGUAUAUCGCUGCUGUCGCUCUUGAUGCCAACGCCACUGGCUUCUUGAAAUUCCGAGGCGAGCAUAAAAGUGCACGGGAAUUGGCUGCCGACAUCGAAUCCGUAUAUGGGAUUAAGCCUGUGAUGGAAUCACGCGGGGCUUUGACUGAUCUGGCCCAAAGGUUAGAGAGCAAGGGGGAUAUUCAGGAUGUUCUCAAUGCUUCAGCAUACUUCACUCUGAGCGGGAAGAAUUCCUUGGGUGAAGAUGUCGAUAAUGAGAAAAGCCUGCAUAGACUAUGUGUUAGUCUGGAUGUUCAUGACUGGAUUGACUUCCGCCAAGAAUUCCAUUCUAUAACAUAUCCAAGCCUUGUUCGUAGUUAUACAUAG